CAGGGCAACUAUGAAUGAGGAGCAGUUUGUGAACAUUGACCUGACGGAUGACAAUGUGUGCAGCGUGUGCAAGCUGGGCACAGAACAGGAGACGCUCUCAUUUUGCCAUGUGUGUUUUGAGCUGAACAUCGAAGAAAAUAAUGGAGGGGUGAACAGCUCAGCCAAGUGAAGUUUGAGGCUUUUUAAGAUGAAGUCUCACAGGCUGCUACAAAAAGACUGUUAUCCUGCCCCACAAGUCCUCUGGCUGGCAUCAGCCUUCCUGCUUACCUGGAGCAGAUAGCUUGGGCCAAGGCUAGCCUGCCUAGUUUGCGAGGGGGAAUUUGCAGGGGGAAGUGCAAAGCAUCCUGGGAUGCUGACGAACUGUGUACCAAAGUCUAAUCUCCUACAUACAAGAUCAUUAAGGGGGCACAGAGACUGCUUUGAGAAAUUCCACUUAAUAGCAAACCAGGAUUGCCCACGAUCAAAACUUUCCAAAAGUACCUAUGCAGAAGUAAAAAACAUCUUGAGCAAAAAAAUUAACCGGAUUAUACAGUAUGCACAAAACAAGGAUUUGGACUCUGAUUCUGAAAGCUCAAAAACAUCCCAGCACCAGCUUUUUAACUUCAGACAUCAGACAGACAGAAAACUGCUCCCACAGUUUGAUUCCCCAGUACCCAGGUACUCUGCAAAAUGUAUAGAUGGAAAUUCUGGGAGCAUUUCAAACUGUUCACAGAGUAUUUUUGAACCAAAAGAAUCCACUGAUUUCAGACUCGAUAUGUUGCAAAAAACUGGUGCUACAUUUCACUGCAGUAGUGUUUUGUGGGCUAGUCGCAGCCAAGCACAGAAGACAGAAAAUGCUGAAAGUGAUUUGGAUACCAGUGUUCAAAGAAGAUGUCCCCAUUAUAGCAGGGAAGAACUGAGUACAGUGACUCUUGGAGAGUUAGAGCAACUAAAUAAAAAGCUUCUCAAGCAAGUACAGGUUCCUGCACUAUAUGAAGUUAGUUUAUUGGCAAAGCUGGAAAUGAAAAAGAAGCCCCCAGAUGCCUGCUUACUAUCACGCAGUGCUUUGCUACUGCAUCCAGACAACUGUGAGGUGAAUAACAAGUACACAGCAAGUGGUAUUUGUACAAUAAUGAUGCAGCUGAAGCAUUAUUGCAUCUAUCAGCUAUAUAAAUUUGCAACAGAAGCAAAACUGAAAAUCCAGGGUUUGGUAAGAAUGGGUUUUAGGACUGAGGUAUGAAGACUGCAUGACAUGCAUGUGAAAUGUCAUUAAAGUUGUCAAUAAAGAUGCACUCUGCUUGUAUAAAUGCU